UUAUGACUAUUUCAACAUGGCUGCUGAGUUUGGCAUUCAAGAUAAUGAACACAAUAAUUUCAUGAUGCAAAAGCUUGAUGAUAUGAGGAAAGAAAAUCGACUUUCUGAUUUUACAAUCAAAGUUGGAAACGAAGAAUUCCCAGUUCAUAGGAAUGUAAUGUCAGCUGGUUCAGACUAUUUUGAUGCGAUGUUGUCGCAUGAUAACUUGGAAAGCAACACAGGAAUUGUUCAUAUGAAGGAAGUCGAUGUCGAUUCUGUGAAAGUUUGCAUUGAUUAUAUUUACACUGGAAAGGCUUCAAUUACUUUGGAGAAAUGUGAACAACUACUCCAUGUUGGGAAUAUAAUGCAAUUGUCAAGAUUUUGUGAAAUGAUCGCAGAAUUUCUCCAAGCAAAUUUAGGUUCUAAAUCUUUCUUCAUCAUCCGACAACUCGCAAUAAAGUUCAAUUUGAAAGGUUUAGAAGAAUCAUGUGAUGAAUAUGCUGUCGGCCAUCUUGGAUCAAUAGCAAAUGAAGAGGAAUUCAACGAACUUGAUAAAAAUUAUGUGAUGUUUCUAACGACUUCUUACAAAUCAUCAUAUUCCGAAGACUCUAAACUGAAAAUACUCCUGCAAUGGAUCAAAGCUGAUAUCGAGUCUCGAGCUGAGUAUUUUAUAGAAAUCGUGAAGAAGUUCAACAUGGGUGGAGUUUCCAUCAGUUAUGGUUCUUAUUUAGCUUUGAAUGAUUCAUUUUGCUCCAGGUGUUCAGAAUUCAUGAAAAUAUUGUAUUUGGCCAAUAAAUCAUGUGAUAAUGCUGAGGAAGUAAAUGUAUCUCCGUCUUCUCUUAUUCGUGAUGAAGGUGUUUUGCUUUUUGAUAAGAAAUUCAGAGCUGUGCAAUUGUAUUGUCCUAUAAAGUAUACAUUAAAUAAGUUGAAACAACUCAAUGAAAACAUGCUACGUGCUAAAUAUACUGCAGUUUAUUUGGAGAAAUUCGUGUUUGUUCUUCUGCAAAACAGAAAGGUUUAUCGUGUCAAUGUGUGGGAAGCCGAAUCAAGUUGGACUGAGAUGGAGAGUAUGAUGAAUGAUCAUGGAGAAUAUAUUAGAGCUGCAGUUUAUGACAGCUUCAUUUAUGUCUGUGGGAAUAACACAAUGGAACGAUACAACAUGGAUGAAAACAAGUGGGAGAAUGUUGAUUGCUCUAGUAUUAAACCCAAUCAAAGUGCAUUAGUUACAUUUAGAGAUGAAAUUUAUGUCAUUGGAGGCGAUAAUAGAGAUAAAAGAGUUGAUAAAUAUUCUCCGUCUGUAGGUUCUUGGUCAUCUGUGAAACCAAUGAAUGUUGCCAGAUUGGUUCCUGCUGCAGCCGUAUAUGAUAAUCGAGUCUAUGUUGCUGGUGGGUAUUGUGACAAAAUGAAACCGUUAUAUCAAGUACUGAAUUCUAUGAUUCAGAAUGUCAUACUUGGACAAAACUUGCUUCAAUGA